AUGACAUGUACAUCAUCUAAAAUAAUAACCACGAACAUUUUACUAUAUUUGCAGCCUUCAAUUGCAACCACUAUAAAUAUGGAUGAUACUUUACUAGUUGUAACUGAAAAAUAUGAUGAAUUAAUUGUACCACCGAAAAAUUUACAAGAUCAGAUUGCGUUUAUAUUUAAUAAUUUAAGCCAAAUUAAUGUUCAAAUUAAGUGUGACGAAAUUAGAAAAAUCAUCAUCAACAAUGAUUAUUUACCGUGGCUUUCGCAGUAUUUAGUCAUGAAACGAGUCAGUUUUGAGUUUAACUUCCAUUCACUAUACUCUAAUUUUUUGGACUUUUUUAAUAAUGAAAAAUUAAAUCUUCUAAUAAAUAAGGAAACUUUUAAAAAUAUCAGAAUAUUAUUAAAAGGUGAUAAAGGAAUGGAAAAUUUUUCGAAGAGAUCAUUGUUAAAAAAUUUAGGUCACUGGCUUGGUAUGAUCACAUUAGCCAAAAAUAAACCACUUCUACAUGAUGAUAUUAAUCUAAAAAUGCUACUGGUGGAGGCUUAUAACAAAGGAUAUCAGGAAUUACUUUUUACCGUUCCAUUUAUUGCUAAAGUCCUUGAGUCUUGCGCUAAAAGUAGAGUAUUUAAACCAAGAAAUCCGUGGACAAUGUCUAUUAUGAAUUGUUUAUCUGAACUUCAUCAGGAGCCUGAAUUAAAAAUAACUUUAAAGUUUGAAGUUGAAGUGUUAUGUAGAGCGUUGAACAUUGAUAUUAAAGAUUUAAAACCAGGAUUUGUAUUUAAAAAUCCCGAAAAUGCAAAAAAUUUAAUACCACAGCUUUCUGAUGAAGAAAGUUCAAAACCACAAAUUCAUUGUAUUCCAGAUCUACCUAGACCAGAAAUAACUACUCAGCAGCAUAUUCCUAUUUAUCAAACAAUUUCUUCUCAACGACAGAAUAUGAUCUCAGAAUUUUCAUCAAUGAAUUCUAAUAGUUGGUUUAGUGAUGAACUAGUUGGUCAUGUCGUGUCCACAGGUGGUGCUACAUCAAUGUCAUCAAAUGGUUGUAAUGAUAUAAGUGAUAUGCCAGAAAUAUCUCCAACAUUACCUUCAUUUGAGCCUAAAUACAACUAUGUGGCUUUUAACGCAGAAAAUUCAGCACAAUUAAUGUCUAUGAUCAUCAUAAAUCCUCAAAUUCCAUUAUUUACUUAUCAACCGGCAUUAAAAAAUUAUGUACCAUAUGUCAUGGAAUGUUCAAUUCAAGAUUGGUUAAAUCCUGUUGUAGAUAGAUCUGUAAAAGUAGCAGCUACUACAACAGAAAAUAUUGUCAAAAAAGAUUUUGGUAUGGACUCAGACGAAUCAUAUUUACGAAAAGCAGCUCAUUGUAUGAUUAGAAAUUUGACUUCUGGCUUAGCAAUGAUAUCCUGCAGAGAGCAAAUUCUACAAUUAUUAACAACUAACUUGAAAAAAUAUUUUCUAAGUGUCUUAAUGGAACACACCCCGAGUCAAAAUGAAAUGAUUGAUCAGGCUUGUACAAUGUGUGCUAACGAUAAUUUGGAGUUAGCUUGUGUUCUUGUACAGAAAACUGCUACUGAAAAAGCAGUUAUUGAAAUAGAUAAAUAUUUGAAAACUGAAUUUGAAAGACGUAAUGUAUCAAGAUUGAAAGGACAGCAGUAUUGUGAUCCAGUGGUAAUGAUUGGCCAAGCUGAAUAUCUUCCAGAUUCUUUUCACAAUAAAAUAGGAUUGCCAUUACUCCAAACAAUUGAAAUAUAUGAAGAUUUUGCUAGAAACAUUCCUGGAUUUUUAACGCAUGACAGAGAAGCUAUAUCAUUAAUUUUGCCAAAAACUACAAACCAACUUGACGAAAUGACAGUUUUGUAUGAAAAUAUUAUAAAUGAAAUUGAAGUGCUUCUACAAUUAUUCACGAGUAAUCAAAGACUGAUGAACAAUACAAUACAACCAGCAAAUCUUCAUAAUGUAUUAGAAGCUAUGAUUUCUUUAAGAAAGUCUCGUAGUAUUGAUAAUGCAACAAAUAUUAUCCACAAAAUUGUUGAAAGUUUCCUUGAAGGACUUUGUCCACCUGCUAACCAAGAUUUAAAUAUGAGUAUUAGAUUCUGUGACAUACAUCUCAAUAUAAUUAGAGCAUUCCAAGAUUCACGUGCUUACAAUAUGCAUUGGACUAAUACAACUUUAACCAAAGCUGUUAUGGAAUCUAGAGAAGAAAUACGUUUAAAUAUUAAAGCAAUUGAUAUAUUUAUUUGUGCUGGAAUGUUGAAUAUUGGCAUGUAUGAUAUGCAUUUAGCUAUGUCAAUGGAUAAUGGCACUAAUUAUGUAUCCAUAGCUUAUGUUAAACAGUUUUUACAACAUUAUUUAAUAGAUAAUAGAUUUAAUUCAUUGAUUAAUGAAAGUCAUUUUCAAGCUACAAUUGAAGCAUUAAAUACUAUUGUGUUUAGUGGAUGUCUUAUUCCAGAUGGUUUAACAGUUCUAUUGAAAAUGAUAAGACCAUCACAGACAGAUAAUAGUUUUGUAAAUCAGUUGGUAGCUAGUAUAUCCACUAAUAUAUCGCAUAGUACAUUACAAGGUAGAGACAAUGAUGAUCCCCCAGAUUUAUUAGAAAAAACUGAAAUUUUACUGAAAGAAUGGUUGAUCAUUUAUAAUACAGCUCCUAAUACAGUUCCUAGCAAAACAUUUAGCAGUUAUAUUCAACAAAUUCAAGGAAUUUUGAAAUCUGAUGGUAUUAUAACUCGUUUCUUCCACUUCAGUAUCCAGAUGAUGGUAGAAUUAUAUUAUAGGCGAAUACCCAAUCAAACACUAUCUUCUUCUACUACACGAGCUGAAUUUUUUCAUACGAUAGAUGCUUACGUUAAACUCAUAGUACUAUUAAUUAAACAUUCGGGUGAUGCAAAUGAUGUUACUACUAAAACUAAUCUUUUGAACAAGAUUCUACAGAUUAUUGUGGAUGUCUUACUCCAUGAUCAAGAUGUUCAUGCAACAGAUUUUCAUCAUUUACCAUACCAUAGAAUUUUGAUUACAUUAUUUCUUGACUUGAAUGCACCUGAUCCAGUACUUGAAUCAAUCAACUACCCUAUACUUGCUAUUUUUUGUCAUACUUUUCAUCUUCUCCGUCCAAGUAAAGUACCAGGUUUCACAUACGCAUGGCUGGAGCUCAUAUCGCAUCGUAUAUUUAUUGGUCGUCUUUUAGGAUUAAAUUCUCAACAAAAAUGUUUUUACGAACAAACAUCAACUAAUGAUCAUCAAGGAUGGACUAUCUAUGCUCAACUAUUAGUUGACUUGUUUAAAUACCUAGCACCAUUUUUACGCAACCCCGAACUUGCCAAAUUUGUUAAUCUGUUGUAUAAAGGAACAUUGAGAGUGAUUCUAAUAUUGCUACACGACUUUCCAGAAUUCUUGUGCGAGUAUUAUUAUGGUUUUUGUGAUGCAAUACCUCCAAAUUGCAUUCAAAUGAGAAAUUUAAUAUUAUCAGCUUUUCCACGUAACAUGCAUGUUCCAGACCCAUUUACACUAAAUAUGAAAGUUCAUGUUCUUCAAGAAAUAUCUGUGGUGCCAAAAAUUAUCCCAGACUUCCAGAGUUUUAUUCAGCCUAUUAGUUUUAAAAAAGAUUUAGACUUUUAUUUGAAAACUCGGUCACCGGCGAUAUUUUUGUCUGAAAUUCAAACUGCUGUGCAACAAAGUUGCUGUGAACCAGGCAUGCGCUAUGAUCUGUCACUUUUAAAUGCCAUUGUUUUGUAUGUUGGAACUCAAGCGAUACAGCAAAUACGCAACAAAGGCUUAGCACUUAAUACAUCUACAAUUACUCAUUCUGCUCACAUGGAUAUAUUUCAAUAUUUAUCUGUUGAUCUUGAUACAGAAGGUCGUUACUUGUUUUUGAAUGCAAUUGCUAAUCAAUUGCGUUACCCAAAUAUCCAUACUUAUUAUUUUAGCUGUACCCUUCUAUACCUAUUUUCCGAGGCAAAAAAUGAAGUUAUUCAAGAACAAAUAACAAGAGUUCUUUUGGAAAGAUUAAUUGUAUACCAGCCUCAUCCUUGGGGUUUGUUAUUAACAUUCAAGGAGUUAAUUAAAAAUCCAGCUUAUAAGUUUUGGACUCAUGAAUUUAUACACUGUACGCCUGAAAUUGAGAAACUUUUUAAAUCUAUAGCCCGCUCAUAUAAGGUAGUAAUUGGAAUGGACAAUGAAAGCUUCCAAGAUAGCAAUUCUGCAAAAUUACCACUUUGA